CGCCCGCCCUCGCUAAAUAUAUCCCGUCCCGCAUUGCAACGCGGUGAAUCGUCGCGCAGGCCGCUCUCGCCAGCACGCGCAGGCUGGCGCGCUGCGGGGCGCGGCCGCCGCUGACGGGUAGUGUGUGUGCGCAGAGAGCGGCAACUCGGAGAUGUCGGGCGGCAGCGGCGGCGGCGGCGGCGACGCGCGGCGCCCCUCCACCUGCCGCGUGGAGCUGGGCGCGCUGCUGGCGCCGGAGCCGCGCCCGCUAGACAACAAGGUCAAGCGGCACAGCAUUCAUGGCAUGACGGAGGAGGAGAACGUGGUGCGGCCGCACCAGGAGAUGGCCGUACUGUCACUGGAGGAGAAGAAGUACCUGCUGGGCGUGGAGCGCGGCGACGUGGCGGGCACGCGGCGCGUGCUGCAGCGCGCGCGCGACACCGCGCACAUCAACGUGGACUGCGUGGACCCGCUGGGCCGCAGCGCGCUGCUCAUGGCCAUCGACAACGAGAACCUCGAGAUGGUCGAGCUGCUGCUCGAGUUCGGCGUCGAAACCCGCGACGCGCUGCUGCACGCCAUCUCCGAGGAGUUCGUGGAGGCCGUCGAGGCGCUGCUCGACCACGAGGAGCGCACCCGCAAGCCUGGCGAGCCCAACAGCUGGGAGGCGCUGCCGCCGGAGACGGCGACGUUCACGGCGGACAUCUCGCCGCUGAUCCUGGCGGCGCACCGCGACAGCUACGAGAUCAUCAAGCUGCUGCUGGACCGCGGCGCGGCGCUGCCCGUGCCGCACGACGUGCGCUGCGGCUGCGACGAGUGCGUGCGCUCGCGCCGGGAGGAUUCACUGCGCCACUCGCGGUCCCGCAUCAACGCCUACCGCGCACUCGCCUCGCCCUCGCUCAUCGCUCUCUCUUCCAAAGACCCAAUUCUAACGGCGUUCGAGCUUUCUUGGGAAUUGCGACGACUUUCUGCCCUCGAACAUGAGUUUAAGACUGAGUACCAAGAGCUGCGCGCGCAGUGCCAGGAGUUCGCCACAGCGCUGCUGGACCACACGCGUACCUCGCACGAGCUGCAGGUGCUGCUCAACCACGAGACGGGGUCGCCGCAGGUGCCCCUGCCCGAGCCCGGAGCACCCGAAAGGAUGCGCCUGUCUAGACUCAAACUUGCUAUUAAAUUAAGGCAAAAAAAGUUCGUGGCGCACCCGAACGUGCAGCAGCUGCUGGCGUCGAUCUGGUACGAGAGCGUGCCGGGCUUCCGGCGCAAGAACAUGCUGCUGCAGGCGGCGGAGAUGGUGCGCAUCGGCGCCAUGUUCCCGCUGUACUCGCUGGCGUACAUCGUGGCGCCGCACUCCGCCGCCGGCCGCACGCUGCGGAAGCCAUUCAUCAAGUUCCUGUGCCACUCUGCCAGCUACUUCAUGUUCCUAUUUCUGCUGAUUCUGGCGUCGCAGCGCAUCGAGACAGCAGCGGGAGGUCUGCUGUGGGGCGCAGCGCCUCACGGCGAGCCCCUGUCGCGUCGCGGCGCUCCGCCCUCGCUUGUCGAGUGGCUCAUCCUAGCCUGGGUCAGCGGUCUGAUCUGGAGCGAGGUGAAGCAGCUGUGGGACAUGGGGCUGCGCGAGUAUGUGCACGACAUGUGGAACGUGAUAGACUUCGUCACCAACUCGCUAUACGUCGCCACUGUCGCGCUGCGGAUCGUCUCACAUUUUCAGGUGCGCCGAGAGAUGUCAGCCGGUAUGCAGUGGAACCAGCCGCGCGAGAAGUGGGACGCUUGGGACCCGAUGCUGCUGUCCGAGGGGCUGUUCUCCGCCGCCAACAUCUUCAGCAGCCUCAAGCUGGUGUACAUCUUCAGCGUCAACCCGCACCUGGGGCCACUGCAAGUGUCUCUGAGCCGCAUGGUGCUCGACAUCCUCAAGUUUUUCGUGCUGGACAUACUGGUGAUCUUUGCGUUCUCGUGUGGUCUGAACCAGCUGCUGUGGUACUACGCGGACAUGGAGAAGAAGCGCUGCACCACGGGCACCUCGCUCACCGCCAACGGCACCUUCCCCGACCCCGACGCCUGCAUCGUGUGGCGACGAUUUGCUAACUUGUUCGAGACGAUGCAGACGCUGUUCUGGGCAGCGUUCGGGCUGGUGGACCUGGACUCGUUCGAGCUGGACGGCAUUAAGAUCUUCACGCGCUUCUGGGGCAUGCUGAUGUUUGGCACGUACGCCGUCAUCAACGUCAUCGUGCUGCUCAACCUGCUCAUCGCUAUGAUGAACCACUCCUAUCAACUCAUUUCUGAGCGUGCGGACGUGGAGUGGAAGUUCGCACGCAGUAAGCUGUGGAUCAGCUACUUCGAGGAGGGCGGCACGGCGCCUCCGCCCUUCAACGUGAUCCCGUCGCCCAAGUCCGCGCUGUACGCGUGGCGCUGGCUGCAGCGGCGCCUGUGCGGGCACGCGCGUGCCAAGCGCGAGCACAUGCGGACCAUACGAAGAAAAGCAAAACAAGCAAAUGAAAGAGACUUCCGCUAUCAGGCUAUAAUGCGCAACCUGGUGCGGCGCUACGUGACCGUGCAGCAGCGGCGCGCCGAGUGCGGCGGCGUCACCGAGGACGACGUCAACGAGAUCAAGCAGGACGUCAGCGCCUUCCGCUGCGAGCUCGUCGAGAUCCUGCGCAACUCCGGCAUGAACACCUCCACCGUCAACGCCGGGGCACCCGGAGGCGGUGGCGGCAAAAAGAAUAGGCAAAAGGAGCGUCGCCUAAUGAAAGGCUUCAACAUCGCGCCGGGCGGGUCCCUUGCGCCGGUGGACGAGUUCCUGGCGUCCCUGCACCACGAGCACGGCGGGUCGCACGGCGCGACGCACCACGCGUCGCUGUCGGCGCUGCUGGGCGGCCGCCUGCGCACCAGUCAGUCCAGCCUGUCGGACGGCGGCGCCGGCGCCGGCCUGGCCGCCUCGCGCCGCAAGCCCGCUUCGCACAAGCGGCGCUGGGGCACCAUCAUCGAGGCCGCGCGCGCCGCCCGCGUCUCGCGCCUCAUCGGCCGCUCCAGGUCUGAGGACUCCGUCUGCGACCAUGCACGACAGUCGCCCAGUGGUAGCGAGCGUUCCGACUCCGGCAGUGAUUCCCAGCGUAGCCCGGAGCGCACCACCCGCAGCGGCCCACUCCACCCGCUGUCAGCGCUGGCGGCGCUCAAACGCAAGCGGAAGAAGUUCUCCGACUCGCGACGCGCCGGGGCCGAGGCGCGCGCGGCGAUCGGGCCCGAAGCGCUGCAGCGCGCCAGCUCCGUGCCGGCGCGGCCGCCGCCGCUGCCCGGCCCGCCGCCCCGCGCGCCGCCGCCCGCCUCCGUGUCGCCGUCCACUACGGCGGAGAGCGUGGCGGGGCGCGGCGGCAGCCGGGAGCCGCUGCUGGCCAGCCUGGACGACGACGCGCACAAGGUGGGGUGGCACGAGGCGGGCGGGCGCGCGCGCGGCGCGGCGCCGGCUGAGCCGCGUGUGCUGGGUCCGCAGGAGGCGUGCGGGCGCUGCGGGUUCGAGGCGGGCGCGGCGGCGCCGGAGGAGGAGGGCGCGCCGUGCGGGCGCUGCGCGGCGCUGGCGCGGCUGGCGGGCGUCACGCCGCUGCACGGCCACGCGCCGCACCACUCGGCGGGCUGGCUGUAGCACCGGCUGCACUCGGCCCUCUGAUCGUCCGUUCCAGCGCAGCUCGAGUGCUCUCGGCUGCCGCAGCACAAUUCCUCGCUAGUCGCACUUCGCUGUAGCUACAUAUAGUUAAAUGAGAGACGCAAGUUAGUUAAGUUGAUCAUUCGUGUUGAUGACCAAGAGCAUCAAAUAGUAGCAUGCACUCAAUAAUUGUCGCAGUGUAUUUAUACAUCGUGAUCGAAUCUUAAAUUAACCUGGCUGAUCACAAGUUGAACUUGACAAGCGAUGUCUACGAGCUGCAGACAAUUUUUCAAUGUACCUCAUAGGCAGUACACAUGGUAGGUAUUAUAUUACAAACAAAAAUUAUUCAGUUUCUUUUUCGUUUGGAGGGGCUGCUGCAAUGCAAUCAUCGAGUUAAAUUCAUCGGUUUGCUUACGUACGUAGGCAGGUAACCUAGCUUAGAAGAUUGUACAGAUCCGCAUCUGAAGGUCUAGGAAUUGCAACAAAAUGAGAAUAGUUGGUAUGUCCUCCUCGCAAAACUAAAAGGACUCUGAGGUCUCAAUAAAGACUGAAUAAAAUGAGCGUGGUAUAACGAAGUGGAAAAUGAUCACGCAAAAGUUAUAAGUACACUGCGAUUUUUCUAUUCAUAUACCUAUCUACUUAGUAAAUACUAAUACAUAAAUACUAUGUAUCCGUCAUCGCCAACUGGUGAAAAUAGCCAUUCAAUCAAAAUAGGUAGUCCUUUGAGCAAAAACGCCAUUCAUUGAACGCAUCAGUGGUCAGUCUAUAGCGUCAGUGACGCCGAGACUAUGCCGCGGCGACAGAGCGACAGAUAGUUCCGUGAAUAUGUAUGAAGUCGAAUAAUGAAAAUAAUAAUAAAAAAUAUAUUUUUUUAAAUAAAACCGACUCCCAUAAACAC